UCGUUGAUACCAUCUAUAGCAAGCCUUAUGUAUUUUUUUGAUAUGGCAAUUAUAUCCAAACCGAAAUUUGAAUUUUGUUUGAACGACUCCGUUCAACGGAUUCCCUUGACGAUAAAUUGGGAUUUUGACGCAUUUUAUUUUAUUUUAGUGAAUUGUCCAGGAAUUUUCGAACCAUUGAGUGUAACAAACACAGUGUGAAGUAUUUUAUGUGUGUAGUGCCAAGAUGACGUCGGAAAAAGGGUCUCGAAGGGAUAAAAACCAGAACAUCCAAGUGUUUGUGAGACUAAGACCACUUAACCAGAGGGAGCGAGACAUAAAGUCCCUGGGAGUGGUGGAAGUAGUGAACGGGCGAGAGGUGGUGGUGCGUCAGUCACAGCAGACCACGCUCACUAAGAAGUUCACAUUUGACCGUGCCUUUGGACCUAAUACUAAACAGAUUGAAGUGUACCAACAAGUAGUGAGUCCAUUAAUAAAGGAGGUGUUAUGCGGCUACAACUGCACCGUGUUCGCCUACGGGCAGACAGGCACCGGCAAGACUCACACUAUGGUCGGCGAGAGCACCGGAGAUGAGAAUGUCAACUGGCAGAAUGACCCUAUGGCCGGCAUCAUUCCCCGCGCUCUCAGCCAACUAUUCGACGAGCUACGUAUCUCCAACACCGAGUACACAGUCCGAGUGUCAUACUUGGAGCUAUAUAAUGAAGAAUUAUUUGAUCUGCUGUCUUCUUCUGAAGACAACUCGAAGCUUAGGAUCUAUGAGGACGUUACUAGGAAGGGAUCUAAUAUUGUUAACGGAUUGGAAGAGAUUACGGUAUACAACAAGAAUGAAGUAUACAAGAUUAUGGAACAGGGCCAAGAAAGAAAGCGAGUGGCUUCCACACUUAUGAAUGCACAAUCCAGCCGCUCCCACACAGUAUUCACCAUCGUCGCCCACAUGAAGGAAAACAACCAAGAGGGUGAAGAGCUAGUCAAGAUCGGCAAACUGAAUCUCGUCGACCUGGCCGGCUCCGAGAACAUCAGUAAAGCCGGCUCUGAUAACCCUGCGAAGAAAGAGAGGGCACGGGAAUGUGUGAACAUCAAUCAGAGUUUGUUGACGCUUGGAAGAGUCAUUACAGCUUUGGUCGAGAGACAUCCGCAUAUACCAUACAGAGAAUCGAAGCUCACCCGAAUCCUCCAAGAGUCCCUCGGGGGCCGCACCAAGACCUCCAUCAUCGCCACCAUCUCCCCCGGCCACAAGGACCUGGAAGAGACCAUGAGCACCCUGGAGUAUGCCCACCGAGCCAAGAAUAUCCAGAACAAGCCGGAGGUGAACCAGAAGAUGACCAAGACCGCCAUGCUGAAGGAGUAUGCUGAAGAAAUUGACAAGUUGAAGAGGGAUCUGCAGGCAGCUAGAGAUAAAAAUGGCGUCUGCAUAUCGAGCGAAACCUUCGCCGAAAUGAACCUGAAAGACGAAGAGCAACGCAAGGAAAUACAAGAGCUGCUGCUGAAGAAGCGCGCCAUGGAGGAGGAACGGGAUCGUAUGGAGACCGUGUUCAAUGAGCUGAACCAGACGCUACAGGAGAGAGUGUCCGAACUGAAUAGUACGAGGCAGGCUAUGCAGAGCACGAAGGAAAAACUCGUUAAUACUAAGAAUGCACUCGUAACCACGAAGAUCCAAUGCGAGGAGCAGAAACACCUAGUCAGCAGACAUCGCGCCACCGAAGAGGAAUUAAGCGCGCAGGCCAAAGAUAUAAUCGCCGUCGCCGACACCGCCGCGACACACGUGCACAACCUGCAUGAGAACGUCGACAAACGCAGAAUGGUGGAAUCGAGGAAUAUACAAGUGACACAGAGCUACCGGCAGCAGGCGGGUGCGCUCCGCGGCGAGGUGGCGGGUGGCACGCAGAGCUUCAUCGACUCACUGGCACAUGCCCUCCAGGCUUUACAUCAACAGACGGACAGCUACACGACGAGUAGCACAAGCAGCAUGGAACAAGAUAAAAAGAAGCUGGAAGAGCUCGCGCAGAAAAUUCUUGAAACUACUAAUGAGACGUCAUCAACGACUACUAACCAAUACGAGAGCUUCGUAAACGUGUUAUCUCGAGCGCGGGAGGAGCUGACGGCGGGCCCGACCGACCUGUACUCGUCGCUCCGCGCCGCGCUGCGGAGCUGCCUGCAGCGCGCCGCCGAGGGGCAACAGCGCGUCACUGAAUGGGACGCGCCACAGGCCAUUGAGAAACUAGUGCAAGGAUGGUUGAACGACAGCACGGAGCGCGUGACAUCCGUCCGGCGCUCGCACUUGUGCUACCACGACGCCGCCGCCGCAGCGGAGGCGAGGCGCGCCGAGCUACACAAGAGACAGCGCGACGCUCGCCGGCAGCGGGUGCUGAAGGCCAGCGGGAGAAUCGACGCCGCGUUAACUCAACUGCAAACUGAAAGAUCUCAACUAGAAAACCGUCUCACCAAACAACUGGUCGACAUCGAACAAGAGCGACGAGAGAGCGAAGCCCGCCUCGAGCGCUGGGCCGAGGAAGAGCGGCUACGACUGGCGCGACACGUCGAGGCCGAGAGGCUGGCUCUAUACGCCAGGCUGGACAAAAGGAUAGCUGAUGUUGAAGAGGAGAAGAAGACUGUGGAGGAACGGGUCAGAAAUAUCGAGUCAUGGCGGGCGGAGCAAAUGGCGGCCGUGGAAGAGGAAAACAAAAUGGCGGACGCUGACCUAGCGGAGUGCGAGGCCGGCGGAAAAGAGUGCCUCAAAUGCAUGGACAAGUACGGCAAGGAGCUUGUCGAAGGCACGAUCGCGAUGAACGCGGACUCCCGCGCGUUCUCCGGUAACAUCGUGCAAGUGACGGAGCACUACAACAAGGAGCUCCUGGACCUGCUGACACAAGCCACCCAACAGAUCGAGCAAGAGGCGAAUACAGCGAUCGCGUCAGGAGAGCAGAACACGCAACAGCUGUGCGUGCGCACCAACGACACGUUUGACAGUGUUCUGACUGGCAAUAAACAGCUGCUGGAUGCCGUUAUACAGAAGAUUGAGGCCUCAGCCGCGGCGACCGUAUCCUCAUUAGCCACCGUGUCUUCAUCCACGUCCGGCCUCAUACAACACUCGCGUGCGGCCCUUGAAGCCCACAGCAUCUCUGUACAAGACAUGCUGCGACAAACUAACGUGUUCCAUGAUAACUUGAGACAAGCACUCGCUCAGCAAGAACAACUAGAGGGAAGGGCGUUUGGAGAGGAGUUUAAGUUAUACUCGCCCACUGGUAAAACUCCGGUGCGACAAGAGUACCGCUUCCCGCGCACGCUAGCGGCCACGUCGCCGCACGAGCGUAUUCUGGCGCGCUUCCGGGCCAUGAAGCAGAACGGACACGACGAGGACUGCAUAGUGGUGGAGUCUGACGUGGAGGCGCGGCCCGCGUCGGACAGCGAGUCCUCCGUGUCCGAGGACUCCGCGCUCAGCGAGUUCACCACGCCCUCCCCGCCCGCUGAACUACGUGCUCCUCCUAUUGUGAAAUGUACAUCGGAAACUGAUAUUUAUUAUAGAAAGCAACCCGGUAAAGAAAACAGCGCGAUCCCGCCAUACAAGCCCGUCUCUCACAAGAAGACCUCCCGCCUGCCCGCGCCCACCAGCCACAAGAAGCCACUCAUCGAGAGGAACGACUAGCAAGUGACACUAACUUUUAUUAGCGAUAACAUCACACUU